GAAAAUAUGGAUGCAAACGUUUAGAAAUGCGGAGGUGAUAAGGAAACCCACCAAACCAGCGGUUUCCAUCCCUUCAUCUGAGCUGGUUGUGUGCUUAUUUCCAAACUAUUCUUCUAUGCGGUAACCAGAUAGGGCUGUGAAAUAUUAAAUGAGCUCAAUGGCCUAUCGGUUACCCAUGAUAAUAUUUGCAGGCUUCGGGUCAAUCAUUGCCUGAUCGAAAUAUACCAAGUAGGCUUCAAAUUCACCCUUUCAGGGCGUCGGUCCUCGAGCCGCCACGAUGAUCCACAGUCUUUUCCUGGUUAACGCAUCGGGGGACAUCUUCUUGGAGAAGCACUGGAAAAGCGUGGUCAGCCGAUCCGUGUGUGACUACUUUUUCGAGGCUCUGGAACGCGCAACGGAACCGGAGAACGUGCCUCCGGUUAUCCCGACCCCGCACCACUACCUCAUUAACGUGCUCCGCCACCGCAUCUACUUUGUGGCUGUCAUACAGAGCGAGGUGCCGCCUCUGUUUGUCAUCGAGUUUCUCCAUCGGGUUGUGGACACAUUUCAGGACUAUUUCGGUGUGUGCACCGAGGCAGCUAUUAAAGACAAUGUUGUUGUGGUCUAUGAGUUACUUGAGGAGAUGCUGGAUAAUGGCUUCCCUCUGGCAACCGAAUCGAACAUCCUAAAAGAGCUUAUUAAACCGCCCACUAUCCUGCGUACGGUGGUGAACACCAUCACAGGAAGUACUAAUGUUGGUGAGCAGCUUCCAACAGGCCAGCUGUCGGUAGUACCAUGGCGGCGCACAGGUGUUAAAUAUACCAACAAUGAAGCUUAUUUUGAUGUGGUGGAAGAGAUUGAUGCUAUCAUUGACAAAUCAGGCUCCACUAUCACAGCAGAGAUCCAGGGAGUAAUAGAUGCCUGUGUUAAACUUACUGGGAUGCCUGAUCUCACCUUGUCAUUUAUGAACCCUCGAUUGCUGGAUGAUGUAAGUUUCCACCCCUGUGUGCGGUUUAAACGUUGGGAGGCAGAGAGAAUUCUCUCCUUCAUCCCCCCAGAUGGCAACUUCCGUCUUCUCUCCUACCACGUCAGCUCUCAGAACCUGGUGGCUAUCCCAGUGUACGUGAAGCACAACAUCAGCUUCAGAGAGGGCAGCUCUCAGGGCCGCUUUGAGCUCACUCUUGGCCCAAAACAGACCAUGGGUAAGGCUGUGGAAUCUGUGCUGGUGAGCAGUCAGCUGCCCCGUGGCGUCCUCAACGCCAACCUCAAUCCUUCACAGGGCACUUACACUUUUGACCCUGUCACCAAGCUUUUGUCAUGGGAUGUGGGUAAGAUAAACCCCCAGAAAUUGCCCUGUUUAAAAGGCUCCGUGAGUCUCCAGACUGGAGCCUCCAAACCUGAUGAAAACCCUACAAUCAACAUCCAGUUAAAGAUUCAACAGUUGGCCAUUUCAGGUCUGAAGGUAAAUAGACUGGACAUGUAUGGUGAGAAGUACAAACCUUUCAAAGGCAUCAAGUACAUGACCAAGGCCGGCAAAUUCCAGGUCCGAACCUAGAUGACCUCUUUCUGCUUCCGUUCCAUUAUGUUAAAAUGGGGCAAAGAAAAGAGAAGAAACAAGUUUGAGUAGAUACAUUUCCUUUGGAAAGCAUUUCAGGAUUAAUGCAGGAAAACGAAUGAAAAGACUUUGGCUGCCAUUGUUGGGAGUAUAUGACUCUACAAAAGGGGCAAUAUUGUUAUUAACACUAUCAAAUGUGCUAUUACAGGUCCACCCAGGUUAAAGAGACAGUAACUGAAGUUUAUGAUAAAACUGUUAUGAGUCUUACUGCCUUUGCGUCCAGUGUUCUUGCACUCUUUUUGCAUUACACUUGCAAGAGACAAUAUCAUGCACUCAAGAAAUAUACAGUAUAUUUUAGCCUAAGAUUUUACGCAUUUCAGUUUCAUAACAAAAUCCCAUCAAAUUCAAUUGAGUUAUGUUUAACAAAAUGUUAUUAAUAAAACUACAAAUGUUUACGUAUAUUUAAAAAUAUUUAAUAUUACAUUUAUUAAAGUUUUAUUCAUUUAAUUUUGUUAAAGGUUACGCAAUUCAAUAUGAUGGAAUUUUAUGAAAUUCAAAUAUGUCAAUCUUAAAAUAGGCUAAAACAUAUAUAUAUAUUUGCGUGUUAGUGUAUUCUUUAUUGUUGUAUAUGUUCGAACUUAUGUACAACACUGUAAUUCUGUGCUUGCUUUUCCCGGUCUCAUUUCUUAAAUUCAAUUGGUUUGUGCUCUCCUUCUCUAAAAAGCACUUCUAUAUGUGACUCAUGUCUGCAUUGCAGAACAAUAAUCAUAUUCUCCCAUCACAGACUUUGGCCUCCAUUCUCAAUAGUCAAGUUCAAAGUAAAACAUUUUUUAAAUGGCUUUAUGCCAGAAAUGUAUUUCUUUAAAGCAGAAAUGUUACUAUAUCAAUUCCAAGGCUACAUGUUGUGAAAAGUGUCUCUAAAGCUAUUUAUUGGAUAACUGUCCCAUUUAAAGCAUAACUGACCAAACCAAUCCAUGACACUCUCUAUGGUGAUUGAAUCUCCAGUGUCAUUCGUCUUACCCUGAAUGUAACUUGGAUAGAAAAGUCCUUAGCUAAAUUCAGAAUCUGAUACUACUAUACUACUAUUACUUAUGUCGUAGUGCGAUUCCGAAUUUAGCCCUUGAAACAGUAGUACGCAGUACUUGCAUCUGUCCCGUCAUUCAAAGGGAUUUUUUAUUUUUUUAAGUUUUGAUUUACGGUGGUUUAUGAUUAGUUUAUUAACAGACACUGAAUGGAAUAUAUAAUGAUUGGAAAAGAUGUGUAGAAUUAUAUUUUAGCUUCUGUUGAUUGUUGUUUUUUGUGUGUGUACUUUUUGGCAGAUAAAUUCAACAUUUUAAGUGCUAUGAAAUAAAAAAGUGAACU